AUGGUCACCUUCACCAACCAAGCCGAUGUCUUGGAAACUGUCGUCGAAGUGCUAUCAAAACACCAAAACGAUGACUAUUAUGCAUAUGAGCGCGGGGAACAUUGGUAUAUUGGCAUUGGAAGUCGGUCAUCGUUGGUGAUUGACUCCAAAGGACAGACUGCGACGGUCAAAAGUGCAUCUGGUCAAGCAACGCGCUCCAUUGAUGGAGCCUCAAUUGCCCAUAUCGCGAGAGAAUUCAGUACUCUCAACCUGAAAAGUGGGUUCAGGAUAUUUGGCCAAGCUGGAUUCAACUACGCUGCACAUAUUCUUGGACAAAAAUACGCAUCUGGCAACUGGCCUCUUUUAGCCUUGCUUGUUCCACGACUCGAAAUUGUUCUUCACCGGCAUAUGAUCACCCUAAAAGGAGUCGACGAAGAAGUGAAAGCUCUCUAUGACUCGAUCCAGAACAACACUGGUGUCUCUACCUUUCAAAAUGUCCAAUGCAUCCACACUGAAGAUGAAGGGAAUUACAUCGCGAGGGUCGAGAAUGCUCUCUCUGAUAUAUCUGCAGGCUAUUAUACCAAAGUGAUUCCAUCCCGCACAGUGGAAAUCCCAUACAAGGUCAAUAUGUUAGCUACACUUCUCCGAGGCCGGCGUUCCAAUAAUCCUGCACGAAGUUUCUCCUUGAAUCACGCAGGCUACCAGGCUACAGGGUUGAGCCCCGAGCUGGUGGUAUCAGUGAAUAAUAGAAGGGUAACGACAGAGCCACUGGCUGGCACCCGAUCAGGCCUAGGAAGCAAAGAACAAGUCGAGAAGCUACGAGAAGAACUCCUAAACGACCCGAAAGAGAUCGUGGAGCAUGUGAUAUCAGUAAAAGAGACCAUCACCGAGCUCCAACAGCUUUGCCCACAGGGUACAGUCAAAGUUGAAGAUCUGAUGUCAAUUCGGGCGCGUGGGUCUGUACAGCAUUUAGGGUCCCGUGUUACUGGGAUUCUAUCACCCGAGAAAGAUAUGUGGGAUGCAUUUGAUGUCGUAUUUCCAUCAAUCACCGCAUCUGGUAUCCCAAAGCACGCGGCCCUCGAAGCUAUUCAGCGCCUGGAGGAUCAACCGAGAGAGCUGUAUUCUGGCGCUGUCAUCAUGAUCGAAGAUUUAGAAUCAUUUGAAGCUGCACUUGUCUUGCGUACUGUCUUUCAGGAUCAAAAUCGUACUUGGAUCCAAGCUGGAGCUGGUGUCAUCUCUCAGUCCAACCCACAGCGCGAACUGAUGGAGACUCAUGAGAAGUUGGCAAGCAUUGCACCAUUUGUCACUCCGGAUGGUUCAGAUUGA